AUGGCACGUAUGGCGCUUGGACUAGUGCCCGGUCAGUCGUCCUCAUCGGCGUCGAGCGGUGCCUCGGAAUCAUCCACCGGUACCGGCAGCCUGGGCAGCAGCGAACAGUCCACCUCCACGUCCGGUGGUCACAUUGUCAGUGCGGUAGCCAAGCGUGGUCGUCUACUGAUACGUCAGCAGCGCAUUAAGAAGGAAAGCGAUUCUUCCUCGACCGGUCAGCAACCGUACGAACCGGAUACGCCGUCGGAUGAUAAUAGUCCUACGGCACAGUACGGUCAUCAGCAUCUGUUGACCGUACCGACGCACCACCGCUUCGAGCGCCAGGUGUCCGAACCUAUCCUGCCACUCUCGUCGUCCAUCUCGGUCAUCGGUGGACCGAUCGGAUCGUCGGGUGAAAGUCGCCCGGGGGCAGGUGAUCGAUCGCACAGCCAUUUACUAUCCGUACCCACCACCCACCAGCAAGCGUACCUGGUCAAGCAACAUUCGCAUCCGUUGUUGCCGAGUCAAACGUCCGCCACCAGCCACGGGAGUACGGGUGGAACGUUUGAACCGUUACAAACGUACACCUUGCAACGGCAGCUCUCUCAUCCCGGUACGGGACAACGUGGCGGUAGUUCGACGCCAUUAACACUGGUUACGAGUAGCAGUGGCUCCACACACUACCUAACACCUUCAUCCUCACUGAAGACGGACUCGGACGAGGAGGCUGCCGGUACACCGACCAGUGCUGUACCAACGAUUCAACUACAGUCGAGCGUUGAGCGUACCAGCUCCGGUCCGACGGUGGUGAUCGUACCAGCCGAACCGGCUGUACAAACGGCAACAAGCGCGGUGGCCGUUAGUGUCGUUAGUAAUGCAGGCGAAAAGCAGUCCAAUCCUACCACGAUUACGUCCGCACCGACCAGUACAAUCCGUGUGAAGGGUGAUGAACUUUCCCGGUCGAUAUCAACGCCAUUGACCUCAUCCCGCUCGUCCGACAUACCAGGGUUGGAUAAUCCACGCUCGAGCCAUUGUCCGGUGGUACGGGAAGGGCCUGCCCUCGGUUGCAACUUCUGCUGGAACACGAUCGAUGCGCACGGACGUAUCUUGCGCCGCAAAACCAAGUACCACUGUCCGGAAUGUCAAACCAAUCUGUGCAUCGUGCCCUGCUUCCAGGAAUAUCACGAACGGCAGUCGGCCGAAAAUCCUACCCCAACCAAUGACAGUGGUGGUGGUGGCGGCGGUGGUACAAAAUCAAACCUGCGGCACUAUGCCAAAUCGGGCUCGAUGUAA